UGCAUGAAGGAAUUGUCUCUGAUUUCGUCAGGUGUUCUCCAAACUCAUCAGGCAUUAUAGGAGAACAUUCACUGCUCUGUUAUGUUGGGAAAAGGAGGUUGCAAAGAGUAUUGAUUAAAAGGGUGCCAUUAAUUGUGGUCAAUGUGUAUUAGAGAAAAAACAUUUAUUUAAUAAUGAGAUUUUUUUUAACAUUUUUUUACAAUUUUGACAUGUCCAAUUUCAAAGUCCAGCUUAACAACCACAGAGAGAGGUAUUUUUACAAGUUAAUUUGUUACUAACCUUGUACUUUGCUCCUACACAAGGAAAUUUAGCUAAACUACGGUUAAACUGUAUUUUUUCACUCAAAGAGUAUAGUUGUAUGGCUGUGACAUUUAGUUAUCCUUUAACAGUUAUGCCAGAAAUUAAGUGUCUGUACCAGCAUUUACACAAACUGAUGCUUCUGAGGACAUUGUCUUUUUUGUGAAGUGCAGGUUUAUGUCAGCAAAUUAAAUUCAGCUUGAAUGGAUUUACAACAGAGCACUUAGAUUCUCAUUACAUAUGUACUAAUGGCUAUGUAUCAAGGAAAUAUAUUUAUAUAAACAUAGUAAGCAUAUGCUGAUCAGCCAAAACAUUAAAACCACCUGCCAAAUAUAGACUCCACAAGACCUCUGAACAUGUCCUGCUGUAUCUGGCACCAAGACAUUAGCAGCAGAUCCUUCAAGUCCUGCGAGGUGGGGCCAGCACAUCCCAUUGAUCAGAGUUCCUCAAAUCUUACCCUGGAGGUCCAAUCCACUGCAGAGUUUAGCUCCAACCCUGAUCAAACUCACCUGUCUGUGAUUUUCUAAUGAUCCUGAAGACACUGAUUAGCAUGUUCAGCUCAUGAUCAGGUGUGUUUGAUUUGGGUUACAGCUAAACUCUGCAAGAAAGUGGAUCUCGAGGUCCAGAUUUGAGGAGCCCUGCCAUAGAUGGUCAAUUGGGUUGAGAUCUUAGAAAUUUGGAAGCCAAGGCAACACCUUGGAAUUUUUGCAUUGUGCCAGGGUGCAUUAUCUUUCUGAAUAAGCCUACUUCCAUCAAGGAGCACCAUUCCCAUUAGGGUGUAUGUGGACUGCAACGAUCUUUAGAAGCAUGGGGAAGGGUUUCUUCAUCAGUAAAACUGUCGGGAUAGUAGGGAUUGUGUUAGGCGCUGGAGCACUAGCCACAAUCAUCGCACUCUCAGUGGUCUACUCCCAAGAGAAGUCCAAGAACAACGAAAAUGAGGUUAAACCCACAGAUGCAGUAACAUCAGUUCCAACAACGGAACCAUCCAAUGAACCAUGGGACCAGUGGCGCCUUCCUCAGACUCUUAGUCCACAAACCUACAAUGUCACUCUGUGGCCACGGCUCCAGCCAGAUCCAACCGGACUCUAUAUCUUCACAGGGAUGUCCAGCGUGGUCUUCAGAUGUGUGGAAAAGACAAACCUCAUCCUCAUUCACUCCAAUAAGCUGAACAUGACAAUGCAACCCACCUUGACGGCACUUGGAAGCAAGCCAGCUCCUACCAUUGAAUCAACUGUGAUGCACACAAAAACGCAGUAUAUGGCAAUUCAUCUAAAAGAUGAAUUAAUUGAAGGGGAAAGCUAUGAGCUCUACACGGAAUUUGUAGGGAAGCUUGCAGAUGACUUGGGAGGCUUCUACCGAAGUGAAUACUAUGAGAAUGGAGUGAAGAAAGUGGUUGCCACAACUCAGAUGCAGGCAACAGAUGCUAGGAAGGCAUUCCCUUGCUUUGAUGAACCUGCAAUGAAAGCAGUAUUCCACAUUACACUUCUGCAUGAUCCAGCAACCGUAGCCCUCUCCAAUGGUGCUGUGAUGGGCAAGGUUAACAUCACAGUGGAUGGCAAUCUUAUAACCAGAACAACAUUUGCACCAACAGAAGUAAUGUCGACAUAUUUGCUGGCAUUUAUUGUCAGCGAUUUUGGCUUCAUUGAACAAAACAUUGAAGGUCUGCAGAUUCGAAUUUUUGCCCGUCAAGAAGCCAUAAAUGCAGGACAAGGGCAAUAUGCGCUCAAUGUGACUGGACCAAUUCUCAAAUUCUUUGAGAAGUAUUACAAUGUCUCCUAUCCACUGUUCAAAUCCGAUCAAAUCGCUCUGCCAGACUUCAGCUUUGGUGCAAUGGAAAACUGGGGCUUGAUCACAUACAGAGAGUCGGCUCUGCUGUAUGAUGAAGAAAUAUCCUCAACUGGAAACAAAGAGAGAAUCGUUUCUGUUAUUGCCCAUGAACUUGCCCAUCAGUGGUUUGGAAACCUUGUGACUCUCAGGUGGUGGAAUGAUCUGUGGCUCAAUGAAGGUUUUGCAUCUUAUGUAGAAUAUCUUGGGGCAGAUGAAGCUGAGCCAGAUUGGAACAUUAAAGAUUCGAUCGUUCUUAAUGAUGUGCACAGAGUUUUUGCCAUAGAUGCAUUGGCCUCGUCUCACCCCUUGUCGUCUAAAGAAGAGGAGAUCCAAAGACCAGAGCAAAUAAGUGAAAUGUUCGAUACAAUUUCCUACAGUAAGGGGGCAUCAGUACUUAGGAUGUUAUCUGAUUUUCUGACUGAGGAAGUGUUUACUCAAGGCCUCCAGACUUAUCUGGAUCAUUUCAAAUUCAGCAACACAGUGUACACAGACCUUUGGCACCAUCUUCAACUGGCUGUGGACAACAGCAGCGGUACCAGUCUUCCGAGAACUGUGCAAGAGAUUAUGGACCGCUGGGUUCUUCAAAUGGGCUUUCCUGUGGUCACUAUUAACACUGUAACUGGCCAGAUCACACAGGAGCACUUCCUCCUGGACCCUGAAACUAAACCAGACAGGCCAUCAGAAUUUAAUUAUGAGUGGUUUGUACCAAUUUCAUGGACAAAAAAAGAAGCAGCACAAGCCCUAUAUUGGCUGCAACAGAAAACUGAACAAUCGGAUCACAUGAAAAUGAGUGGUGAUGAGUGGGUUCUGGCCAACAUCAAUGUGACAGGAUACUACAGGGUUAACUAUGAUAAUGAAAACUGGCAACGCCUACUUAAUGUACUCCAGACUUCAAGACAGAGCAUUCCAGUUAUUAACCGGGCACAGAUAAUUGAUGAUGCUUUUAACCUGGCCAAAGCAGGAAUUAUUGAAACAACACUGGCUCUAAGAACCACGCUGUUCCUAGCCUCUGAAACUGAGUACAUGCCGUGGGAGUCUGCUCUCGAUAACCUGGACUACUUUUACCUCAUGUUUGAUCGCACAGAGGUGUACGGCCCCAUGCAGGCAUACGUUAGAAAACAGGUGAAAGGUUUGUUUGAAUACUUCACAACGCUUACAAAUUGGGAGGAUGUGCCUCCAGGACAUACUGACCAAUAUAAUCAAGUAAAUGCACUCAGAGUUGCCUGCAGCACUGGUCUUGAAGCCUGUACGACUCUCGUCAAAACAUGGUUCCAACAGUGGAUGGAAAAUCCAAAAGUCAACCCUAUUAAGGCCAACUUGAGGUCUACAGUGUACUGCAGUGCCAUUGCUGCAGGUGGUGAGAAGGAGUGGGACUUUGCUUGGGAGAUGUUUGAAAAUGCCACUGUUGCUGCAGAGAAAGAUAAACUGAGAACUGCCAUGACAUGUGCCACCAAGCCCUGGUUACUGAACAGGUAUCUAAAAUACACUUUGGAUCCAGAAAAAAUUCGGAAACAAGAUGCCACCUCUACCAUCAUCAGCAUUGCAAGAAAUGUAGUCGGCCAACCGCUGGCCUGGGAUUUUGUUAGAGCCAACUGGGAGUACAUUUUCAAUCAGUAUGGAGGUGGAUCUUUCUCUUUCUCCAGACUGAUCAGUGGCAUCACAAAGAGAUUCUCAAAUGAAUUUGAAUUGCAGCAGCUGGAUGUUCCGACGGUUGCUGCUUGCAUCUCAGCCUGCUGGAUGGAAAUUUCUUGCUGGAUGAUGAAUGACCUUCAACUCAACCAUGUCAAACUGCUCAUGUUUUCAGCCAACCCAACACGUAUAAACUUCACCAACCACAUUGCACUGCCUGAUCCUGUGGAUAUACCUUGUACAACAUUAGGAAGAUCAGGCCCUUCCUUUUGGAGCAUGCUACACAACUCCUUGUCCAAGCUUUUGUUCUAUCCAGACUGGACUGUUGUAAUGUUCUCUUGGCAGGCCUUCCAGCAUGCACUGUCAGACCUCUGCAGCUGAUCCAGAAUGCUGCAGCAAGAGUGAUCUUUAACUAGCCGAAUAGAGCACACGUCACACCUCUCUUCAUCAGUUUGCACUGGCUGCCAAUUGCCGCUCACAUCAAAUUGAAGGCACUGAUGUUUGUCUACAGAACAACCACUGGCUCUGCACCCCUAUACAUAAACUCACUACUUCAGACCUGUGUCCUCCAAAAGCUUGCGUUCUGCAAGUGAAUCACGCCUUGUGGUGCCAUCACAUAGACACAAAAUCACUUUCAGGUUCCUUUAAAAUUAUGCAUAAGUACAGAAUAGAUUAAUUUUACAGAAAUUGGCUGGUAAUGUUGCUAUUUUUAUGUAUUUCUAAGUACUAUGCUUGUUUCUCUGUCCAACAAACAUUUAAAACUAUAAUACUUAUGGAAAAUGAACGAUUAAAAUGUAUAUUUACA